GUAAACUUUCGAUUUCAUUUCAUUUUCACCCUUCCGGCAGAACAAAUAGACCUCUCAACUGAUAAUUCUGAUAGACUCACCCCGGACCUCUCUGUGAUUUUACACGUAAAAAUAUAUAUAUUAUUUGUGCAUGGUUUUAUGUAAUAGAGAAGAGGAUACCUAGGCUCUAAGCAAUGAGGCUAAUUAGCUUUGGUCCGGUCGCUGACAGGUGAAAGGUCCAAUCCGAGUUUGAAAUAUUCAAAGAAGCCAUAAAUUCUUCAACUGCCCUGUUGCCCUGUUCUCUGUUUCUUGCUUCCAACUGAAUUUUUUCAGGCCGAUAAAAAUUAAUGGAUAUGCCCAAAAGGUGUCUGUGUUUGCUCACUUCUUCAGUUUUAUGAACAUGGGUUCUUCUGUUAUUCAGUUCCUGGUCCAUAAACUAGUUUCUAUUUUACAUGCUCUGUUGAGUUUCAUCUCCACAGUAAUCUUCAGGCUGCCAAAAGAUGGGAGUUCUGUAAAGGGUAAUGUAAAUUAUUACAAUGUGAAAGGAAAAAAAAAUGUUUCAGAAACAGAGUCUAAAUCGGAAAAAGAUCCUGCCGAGUUUAGAGGUGUUGAAAAUGAGGUUGAGGAAGAGAAAUCAGAGGGCUUUCUGAAUUUCAAGUUUCCAACUUUUGAAGAUUUUGGUAGAAGCAAGAAAGAAACGAGUAAUUUAUUUAAUUCUGAAUUGGUUCCUUUUGUAGAUGAAGAGGCAAUUUUUACAGCGAAGGAAAUUAGGAAUAAAGACAGAUAUCAGGAUUGUUAUGAAAAUGAUGAAAUUAUUGUUGAUGAGUGUUUGCAUGAGAAAACCUCGGAGAAAGUUCAUAAUGAAUCGGCUGAUAUUCUUGUGGAAGGAAAUGAAAAUAAUGUUGAUGAGAGAAUUGAAUUUUCUGUAGAGGAAGAACGAGUGGUUGAAGAGGAAAACUAUUUUGGAAGUGCUCGUGGAUUUUUGGAUGAAGGCCAAUCCCAUUUGGAGAAAAAUUCCGUGGUUAUUGAUUCUGAUUCUGAAUCAACGAGUUUUGAGCACAUUCGUGAUGUCAUGAAUAGCUCAGCUUAUUCAUACAGCGAGGGCUUCCUUUCGGAUGGAGAGUUUGAUUUUGAUGCUUCGAUGGAUACUGAUGGUGAAAAGGAGAAUUUGGAUUCAGAAGGUGAAUUGUCAAAUGAACUUGAUGGUGAAGACAUUGAUGUAAUGGAAGAUCUUAGGAAAUUAGGAGAGGAUAAUUUACAGAAUCGAGAUAGGUUAACCUCAAAUUUUCUGUCUGAGAGCGAUUUUAUUGUAGAUUCAGAGAAGAAAACAAUGGAGCAAUUUGUGGAUAAAAAUGGUGCAGAUGAUUUUGAAAACCAGAAGUCAAAAGAUUCAUCAAAAUCGAACUCUGAGGAUGCAAACAAAUUAGAGUCAUUGUGGGAACAUCAAGAAUUGAUUGAGCAGUUGAAAAUGGAACUUAGAAAGGUUAGGGCCACAGGGUUGCCCACCAUUUUAGAAGAAUCCGAGUCUCCUAAGAUGAUGGAUGACUUGAAACCAUGGAAAAUUGACGAGAAAUUCCAGCUUGAAGAUUGCAUCGAUGAGCUUCACAAAUUCUCCAAGUGCUACAGAGAAAGGAUGCGAAAAUUUGAUAUCUUGAAUUACCAGAAGAUGUAUGCAAUAGGUUUUUUGCAGCUAAAGGAUCCUCUUCAGUCAAUUUCAAGGCGCAGACCAUCAGUUCCAAUGCUCAAAUCCCUUUUUCCGUUUAAUCUUUCGCUAUUCAAGCAUGGAAGCCGUGACAGUGAUCCAAUGCAGAAUUUCUUUAAAGAAUUGCGCGGUGAUCUUGAAGUGGUAUAUGUUGGACAGAUGUGUCUUUCUUGGGAAUUCUUACAUUGGCAGUAUGAAAAGGCCUUAGACUUAUGGGAUUCCGAUCCUCGUGGAAUCCAUCGCUAUAAUGAAGUUGCUGGUGAAUUUCAGCAGUUUCAAGUGCUCAUGCAAAGAUUUAUUGAAGACGAACCUUUCCAAGGGCCAAGAGUUGAAAACUACAUCAAGAGUCGAUGUGUCCUUCGAACUCUUCUUCAAGUUCCUGUCAUAAAAGUGGAUAGCUUCAGAGACAAAAAGAAGGCAAGAAAGAAAGACAGAGACGAAUACAUUAUCACGACUGACAUGCUGGUGGAGAUUGUAGAAGAGUCGAUACGAAUAUUUUGGCGAUUUGUUCGAGCUGAUAGGGGUUGCGCCAGUACAAGUGCAAAGGAAACACCUGUGCUUCACAAUCCUGAAGACCUUGAGCUUUUGAUGGAAGUCAGAAAGACACUUCAAAAGAAAGAGAGAAAGCUCAAAGACAUUUUGAGAAGUGAAAACUGUAUACUGAGGAGAAUCCGACGUUAUAGAGAUGAUGAUUCAGACCAAGUGCUCUUUUUUUUCGCUCAAGUCGAUGUGAAAUUGGUGUCUAGAGUUUUACGUAUGUCGAGAAUAAGCAAAGACCAGUUGAUCUGGUGUCGUAACAAGCUAACUAGAAUUAGUCUUUCGAACAGGAAAAUAAAUGUGCAACCCUCGUUUUUGCUUUUCCCAUGUUAAUGCUAGUAGUUAUUUUCUAAUCCUAGCUCGAGAAAUCUUAUAUGGUUCUAUCGAUCUUGAAAUUUUUGUUAGUAGUUUUGUAUUUGAAUAGAAAAUUAUCCGUUCAUUUUGUCUUGAUGUUUCA